UGCCAAGGAACUCUUGUCCAGUUCAUCACCUAUUUGAGUCUCCAACUGUCUCGUGACGAAAUGCAACUACAGUGCUUACCGGUUGAUCGCUUGAUGGGUGAGAUGCACGUGAGCCCAGAUGCUGCCUUUGCACUACAUCGCAGCCUCUUUGAUACACGCUUAAUGAUGUUUGUCAAAAUCGACUAA